GCUAUGGCACUAAGGCUGAAGAGGCGACCCGUGUUGCGAACUCGUGCCACAUUACUCGAAACCGCCGACUCGAUACUGUGGCAAGCUGUUGUUACAAUGCAAGGCACGAGAUACCAUGAUCUCAAGUGCGGGCUGGGCAAGCGGCGAAGUGGGCUACGCGCAUGCAGCGCGUGCUCAUGCCGAUCAUGCAGCUUCCAGCCAAUACUAGUCACUGUUUUGGCAGACACCAUCUACCGCAGGCGUCCAAGAGCUUGCACAGCAUGCGCGGCGGGUCGCCCUGCACGAGUCUCCAUUACACAGUCCGAGGCUAGUGCUCCGCUCAUCUGGAAGCUCUCAGGACAGCCGGAGGUACAGUAGAAGGUAGUCUAUAGUGAAGCAGCAGCCCACUUUCGAACCUCGCGUCCCAUUGUCCUGGCUUUCACACAUUCUUUGCUCUGAACAUGGCACCCGAUCUCAACGCAGUCGCCGCAGGCGAGACAUUCGACUACUCACAGCCUGGAUCGUCUGGCUACCAUGUCAAUCAAGAAAUCACAUACAAUGACCCCAACAACCGCAAACUGCGGGUGCUCACAAUCGGCGCCGGUGUCACUGGUAUCUUGAUGGCAUAUCGUAUCCAGAAAGACGUGGCAAAUGUCGAGCAUGUCAUCUACGAGAAGAAUGAAGAUAUUGGUGGCACUUGGCUCGAGAACAGAUACCCUGGAUGCGCCUGUGAUAUCCCAUCUCAUGCAUACACUUACCAGUUCGCCUUGAAUCCGGACUGGCCACGAUUCUUUUCCUACUCUCCAGAUAUCUGGAAGUAUUUGGACAAGGUGUGCAACACUUUUGAUCUGCGCAAAUAUAUGACAUUCAACACUGAAGUCAUUGGAACGUAUUGGAAUGAGGAGAAGGGCGAGUGGACUGUGAAGCUACGACAGACAGCACCGGGACAACAGCCAAGAGAGUUCGAGGAUACUUGUCACCUGCUUCUGCACGGAACUGGAAUCUUGAACAACUUCAAGUGGCCAGACAUUCCAGGUCUCAAGGAUAAGUUCAAAGGAAGAGUCGUGCACACUGCUCGAUGGCCAAAGGAAUAUCAGACCGAAGAGUGGAAGAACGAUAGAGUGGCCGUGAUUGGAUCAGGAGCCAGUUCGAUCCAGACAGUGCCGACUAUGCAACCUCAUACGAAGCACAUUGAUGUUUUCGUCCGGACGGGUGUCUGGUUCGUCCAGAUCGCCAACAACUACGGUCAGAACAAGGAAUACGAUCCUGCCGAACGCGAUGAGUUCCGGCACAACCCCAAAGCCCUCGUUGCCCACGCCAAAGAUAUUGAAGAUCAAGUCAAUGGUCUCUGGGGAGCGUUCUACUCUGAUACAGAAGCGCAAAAGCAAGGACAGCAAAUGUUCCGUGAACGUAUGGCGGAAUUCAUUAAGGACAAGAGGUUGCUGGAGGGCUUCACACCCAACUUUGGAGUGGGGUGUAGAAGAAUCACGCCUGGCGAUCCAUACAUGUUGGCGAUCCAAGAGGAAAAUGUAGAUGUGCAUUUUACCGCCGUGAAGAGCUGUACGGAAGAUGGCGUUGUGGGUGAAGAUGGUGUAGAGAGAAAAGUUGAUACUGUUGUUUGUGCUACAGGCUUCGAUGUCUCUUACAAGCCACGCUUUCCCAUUGUCGGGAGGGGCGGAAUUGACCUCAAGGAAAAAUGGAAAGUAUGCCCUGAGUCCUACCUUGGUCUGGGUAUUGCGGAAUUCCCCAACUUCAUCACCUUCAUCGGCCCAACCUGGCCAGUCGAGAAUGGCUCUGUUAUGGGACCCCUUCACUCCGUCUCCGACUACGCUAUCAGCAUCAUCAAGAAGAUGCAGAAUGAGAACAUCCACUCCUGGGUCCCCAGACAAGACAUCACCGACUCCUUCAAUGCUCACGUGCAAGAAUGGAUCAAGCACACUGUGUGGAAAGAAGACUGUCGAUCCUGGUACAAGAAUAACGAGACCGGCCGCGUCAACGCAGUAUGGCCUGGAUCUUCAAUGCAUUACCAGCAGGUCAUCGAGAAGCCACGAUACGAGGAUUUCGAGAUUAAAUACCACGACAAGAAUCCUUGGGCACAUCUGGGAAUGGGCUGGACACCAGAAAACCGGCUGGGUGCGGAGAAGGCGGACUGUAGUCCUUAUCUGAACCUGAACCACAUUGAUCCGAAGUGGUACGUGGCAAAUGGGGGUGACGGAGACGUGUUGCUAAAGCAGGUCAAUGAGUACAAUACGAAGAAGCAGUUGUAAAGGUGUACAGAUGCGAUUUGAGAAGUCAUAUGCAGCAAUUCGAAGCAAGAUAGGUGUGCUAGAGAGAUACAUCACGAAUGUAGACAGCGAUGUAUAGUGAGUCAAGUUUGAGUCACUUUGAUUGACUCCU